AUGGAAAGCCACAGUUUAGAAAGUACAAGAUCAAGGGAGGGUCUCAAUUUAACUCCUUCAAUUGACGCUACCUUGACAGAAAAUCUGGAACCCCAAGAAGCUAAUGAAGAAGAAGAACUUUGUGAGGAGGUUUCUACAAUAGUAUCAGAAUUUGAGUCUAUACCAGCAACUACCAGUUCCAAAGAAGAUGAAAAUCCUUAUGAUCAAUCAUUUUAUCAACGAUUCAUAAUACAAGAUGUUGUAAAAAACUUUACCCCUGCAUAUUUUGUCAGUGUGAUGGGUACGGGUAUAUCGUCAACAUUACUUUAUAAAUUUCCUUAUCCUAGUCAAUGGCUAGAAAUAUGUGGAUAUAUCAUGUUUGGAGUUACUUGUAUUCUAUUUUUAGUCAAUAUUGCAUUGUUUGUCAUGAGUUGUGUUUACUACAAAGGGAGAUUCACCAAGUACAACGUUGACCCCGCCCACCUGGUAUACAUGGGUUGUUUCUCGAUGGGUUAUAUAACAAUUGUCAAUUUUAUUAAAAUCAUUACAAAUGGAAAGCAUGUUUACUUGGUUUGGACACUUUGGUGGAUUGCUGUUGCCACAGCAAUGUAUACUGCUUUUAUUGUUGUUUAUUUUUCAUACAUGUCCAAGCUCAAUCAAGUUGAUUUAGAUGUCAAAUUAAAUGCAUCGUUAUUAUUGCCAAUUGUCUCCAUUACAGUUGUAUCAUCAUCGGGGCAUAUAAUUGAAUUGGAAUUGCAUAGUUUGAAUGAAACAGUCAUCACAAUGGUCAUCAGUUUUAUGCUUUGGUGCUUAUCUAUAAGUCUAGCCUUGAUGAUCAUCACUAUCUACUUAUCAAGAUUAAUUAUUCAUAAAAUCCCAAAUACUCAAAUAAUCAUGACUGGAUUUUUACCAGUUGGGUUCUUGGGUCAAUCAUCAUACAGUGUUUAUUUAUUUGGCUGCAAUUUGAACCAACUCAUUCCUGAAGAAUUAUUGUAUGGAAAGAUUCUUUUAUGUAUAUGUGGAUUUUUUUCAACAUUUUUGGUAAGUUUGGGUUAUUUCAUGUUGUUUGUUGCUGUUAUCUCAAUUUUCUCCAAGAUAAAGCCAUUUGCAAAAACUCCACAUCCAGAACAUACCAACAAAUACGGAUUGUUGAAAUUAAACAAAGGUUUCUGGGGAAUGACUUUCCCUCUAGGUACUAUGUCCUUAUCAAAUACCAUUAUUGGUGAAGGAGAAGUUGGUAAUUAUCCUUUGUUGACAUUCAAGAUCAUGGGUUGCAUAUUUGCUGUUGCCUGUAUUGUUAUUACGACAAGUUGCUGCAUUGGAGUUGUAGUAUACUCAAUCAAAAAAUUAAGACAGGACUUUAUAAAUAGAUACAAGUAUAAUCAUAAUUGCAUAGUUUAA